UCAGCGCGUGCACUUCCGUGAAACCGUUUGACUAUUGAAGACAGGAGCCAUGAGAGGUCUUCCGACUAUAUUAUUCCUCGGGGGAAUGUCCUUGAUCAUUAGCUUAUCAGGAUGCGAUGCCCAGAAUGUCGAGGGUGGCGUGAAGUUCACGGGAUUCUUCGCGCCGGUUAAAAGAUUCGAGUGCAGAUUUUUGCAACCAAUCAAAAUAUUCAUUCCCUGGUUCCCCGAUUGUGGUUCAAACACCCGAGGAUCAAAAUCAGAUUCUUCGUCGAGUUCUUCAUCGUCGAGUUCGUCAUCGUCGAGUUCGUCGUCUUCGUCGAGUUCAGAAGAGGAAGGAGGUGCGGGACCUGAGCCAGACGCGAGUGGUGAACCUGAACCUGAACCCGAGGCGGAACCCGAACCAGAAGCACAUGGAGAACCCGAAACCGAACCUGAAGCCGAAACCGAACCGGAACUUGAAUCCGAACCUGAAUCCGAAACCGAACCGGAACCCGAACCUGAAUCCGAACCGGAACCUGAAGAAACCGAACAUGAAUCCGAAACUGAGCCGGAACUUGAAUCCGAACCUGAACCCGAAACCGAACCGGAACCUGAAUCCGAACCGGAACCUGAAGAAACCGAACAUGAAUCCAAAACUGAGCCGGAACUUGAAUCCGAACCUGAACCCGAAAACAAACCUGAACCCGAACCUGAAUCCGAAACCGAACCGGAACCUGAAUCCGAAACCGAACCUGAAUCCGAAUCUGAGCCGGAACUUGAAUCCGAACCUGAAUCCGAACCGGGACGUGAAUCCGAACCUGAACCAGAAAUCGAACCGGAACCUGAAUCCGAACCAGAAGCAGAGGAUGAAUAUGGGAUAAACGGAGAAUUUUAUUUCAGCCUGAAUUUCAACGAAACUGAAGACGUUAUCUCGGCAUACUGCCGAUGGACAGCCCCCUGCGACUACACCUGGCUUGAGGAUGUGAACGAGGAAACUAACAUAACGAUGGGCUGGGAGGUGACAUUCAACUUCGACCCGUACGAGGAUCAUCUUGACGAUCGAAUAAACAUUUGCGAGGCCAGUCGUAUGCCGAAGAACUCUUGGGCGAAUAUAGCCUGGAGAGCCCUUUCACACAUCAUAGCCGAGGAUUCUGACGGCUGCGACAUCAAAGCUGGAAAAUACACUUUUGAAAAGAGCGAAGAGAAUUUCUACUUCACGCCUGAAAAACCAAUUCCGUGCCGCGACUUGACCCUUAACUUUGACUUGUAUCAUAACAGCGAGAAGCGGUUCUUCCAGUCGACGACCAUGUACAAGAUACCCAAAGACAGUCCUAACUGCACGCAAGAUGAGAACUCGGGAAGUCCUAGGAAAUGAGUCGAUGAUGUCAAUAAGCACAAUCCUUUAUUGAAUUGUUUACUUUUAUCGAAUUGUUUACCUCACGCACUGUUGGCAAUUUUUUGAAAUUCAAGUAACAGAUGCAUUUGUAUUUUUAAUAUUCUGAACUUAAAUUCAAUUUCAGACUGA